GUUUUGUUGCUUCCGCUCACCAUCGCAACACGAUGGCGUUCCAGCGUGACGUACUUCCGCUUCAGGAUCUCAUCCUCAAGUUCAUGUCCAAGAGGUAUGCCCCGGACAUGCUGAACGAUAUGGCCAUCGCCAGAGCGCACCGGAUCUGCGACCCCAGCCGAUCUAAAACGCACAAGGUCAAGCAAGACCUGAUUCGAGCAGUGCUGCAAACCGGAAGGUUCAGCGAUGACACGCUGCCGACGGCGUUCUUUCACCCCAACUUAACCAAGAUUGAGAUCAAUGGAGCAAAGAUCUCGACUGUGUUUGUGAAUCGGAUGGCUGCAGUGACAGUCAACUUGCAUCAUGUGAACUUUUCAGGAUGCUUUCGAUUGACGGACGACUCGAUCCUCGCCUUGCUUCAGCACUGCCCAGAUAUCAAGGAGCUCAACCUGCAAAACUGCCGCAAAUUGACCGACGAAACACUGCAUGUCCUCGUAGCGCAUAGCCCCAAACUCAACAGCAUCGAUGUCGGUGGCAACACCAACAUGACGAUCGAAGGCAUCACGUCGUUUAUCGAGUUGCACCCCAACCACUCCAAGUUUUUGAAGGUGCACAUUUCCGGACACCGCGUUACAGACCACACACUCAAAGUGAUUGCCAACAAAUGCCGAAAGCUCCAGAGCUUGGCCGUCGGGUACUGCGGCCUCACGGACGACGCACUGAUUGCUCUACUGGAUCGCCGACCGUCGAUAUCAGCCCUUCAUCUGCACUGGAACUACAGAAUCACGGACCGUCUCCUAGAUCACAUGGGCCGGCAGUGCCCAAAUCUGCAGGAGCUGAAUCUUUGCGGUGUCAAGACUGUCACGAACGAUGCAAUUUAUGCUUUUCUGCAAGCGAAAAUGGCGGCUGCCGACGGGGAGGAUGCAGUGGCCACCCAACGCGAAGCCAAACGGAUGAAGAAAAUGGAUGUUAAAUAUACAAAGUACGUGGGAUCGUAAUUCGCAAGACACUAAUUCGAUUUGGAUUCCACCAGUGUGUCCAAGGAAGUCCUUGCCCACACAGCCGACACAUACCCCGACCUGGUUGUGAUUUCGUGAGCCUGUAUUCCAAUACAGGCUCAUCCACCUCAUUCGCCUUCGAAGUACACAUCCAUCCGCCCAGAUGGGUCGUCAGCGUCCAUGCUCAUGCAAAGGUUAAUGGCCAAAUGCAGCUUGUCCUUCAUCACUUGCACCGAACUGUAUGCGGGCAAUUCAAUAUUGAAAAAACCUACACACGAAUUUGUCGCAAUUGCAAACGAUUGGAUGAAGUCGGUCGUACAGGUAUCCGCUUUC